CUUCACCAACAACAACUCAACACAGAGGUCGGUCUUGUGAAGAGCAUUCGUGAAUUCUGGAAUAUUGUUGCUUGUUAAAAGUUUAGGUGAUGCAAAGACAUUCGGCACUGUUCAGGAAUGUGACUGUGUUUCAUUGACAAUUGUUUUGAACAAUGUCAAUUUAACGCAUUGAUAUUGCCCUUGGUGGCUAGCAUUAGCCAGCUAGCUAGCGUCUGAGAGACUGGAGCGUGCUGCUGGUGAAGAGAAAGGGCAUCCUGGCUGACAACAAUCGGACUGUCUCGGGACUUCAAUUUUAAUUUGUUGCAACUAUGAAGUUAACGCAGUUUUUGCUAAAGAACAGCUCCAUACCGAAACAAGCACUCGUGGAUAGGUUUUCCAAGUUCUCGCCUUCGCCGCUGUCAAUGAAACAAUUCAUAGACUUUGGCUCAGCCAAUGCCUGUGAGAAGACGUCCUUUGUGUUCCUGCGUCAGGAGCUUCCUGUCCGGCUGGCCAACAUCAUGAAGGAGAUCGACUUCCUCCCUGACAAGCUUCUCAGCACCCCCUCACUACAGCUGCUACAGAGCUGGUAUGCAACAAGUCUGAUGGAGCUUGUGGGCUUCCUGGAGAAAGAUCCUGAUAAUAAAAUGAUCCUAAAGAAGUUCACUGAGACGCUGGUGAACGUCAGGAACCGUCACAACAAUGUGGUCCCCACCAUGGCCCAGGGCGUAGUGGAGUACAAGGAGGCUUUUGGCUCUGACCCCGUGACCAAUCAGAACAUCCAAUACUUCCUGGAUCGCUUCUACAUGAGCCGCAUCUCCACCCGCAUGCUCAUGAACCAGCACUCUCUCAUCUUUGAUGGAAGUGCCAACCCUGCCCAUCCCAAGCACAUUGGCACCAUCGACCCCGACUGUGACGUGACAGAGGUGGUAAAAGAUGCCUUCGAUAGUUCCAAGAUGCUCUGUGAGCAGUACUACCUGACCUCGCCAGAGAUUGACAUCACACAAGUCAACGCCAAAGGUCCUGACCAGCCUCUUCGUAUUGUCUAUGUGCCUUCCCAUCUCUACCACAUGCUGUUUGAGCUCUUCAAGAACGCCAUGAGAGCAACAGUGGAGACUCAUGAAAUGGCCCUGCAUCUCCCGCCGGUCAAAGUUCGAGUCUCACUAGGCAGUGAAGACCUGACAAUCAAGAUAUCAGAUCGAGGUGGAGGAGUUCCCCUGAGGAAGAUAGAGCGUUUGUUCAGCUACAUGUACUCCACCGCCCCCAGCCCCGUCGAUAUUGACAACUCACGCAACGCUCCACUGGCUGGUUUCGGCUACGGUCUUCCCAUCUCCCGUCUCUAUGCCAAGUACUUCCAGGGAGACCUGCAGCUCUACUCCAUGGAGGGAUAUGGGACGUCAGCUGUCAUCUACCUGAAGGCCUUGUCCUCUGAUUCUGUGGAAAGACUUCCUGUUUACAACCAGUCAGCCAUAAGGCAUUACCAGACGAGCAACGAGGCAGAUGACUGGUGCAUGCCCAGCAAGGAUCCCAAGAAGCUGGGGAAGUAUGAGAGGAGAAGUCAAUAGGGGUGUAACGGUACAGGUGUUCGUACCGAACCGUUCGGUAGGGGGCCUCGUUUAAGUCUGCACUCAACUAGAAUGAAUACAUUUAAUAAAAUAUAUACAAAAUAAAAGGCCUAUAGGCUAUGCCUACGCUGCGUUGUAGGCCGGUGCCUCGAGUGAAUUUGAGCUGAAUUAGUUUUUUUUUUAGGGCUAUUCUGUUAAAACAACUAGAGCCUAUAUGCACAUUGUAAUCUAAAUUCAAAUCUUAAUUGGCACAUUUCAAACUGUCCUUUUGUGAGGCGCAUCCAGGAACUAGUUCUGUACGAUGGCGAGUGGUGGGGUGGAUAAACCAGGAGGAUCCUCAUCGUUUAAAUCUCCAGUUUGGGAAUGUUUUGGCUUCCCAGUAAAUCACAUUGGUGAUGGACAGAGAGUUGUGGAUAAGACGUUAACAGUAUGUCGCCACAAUUCAACGAGAAUAGGCUAUCCAGCUGCCAACACCUCAAAUAUGUUGACACGUUUAUGUCGACGUCACAAGACAGAAACGGAAAGAAACAACCCAAAAUCACCUCUCCUCUGCAUUCAAGCAGCCCUUGGGAACUGGUUCUGACCGGCCAAAAAUGACACGAGCAAUCGGUAGGCUGUGUUUAUAUUUUUUACAGUCUUUGGUUUAAAGCCGCGCCCGUUCUCAGUGGUUGAGAAUAGGGAAUUCCAGCACCUUGUAAAAAUGCUCGAUCCACGUUGUGAACUUCCCUCUUGCACCCAUGCCAGGUUAUACCCGCUCUAUAUAAGCAAGCCACCGUUUUCUAGGAAUUGGCCAAUGCACCCUGUGUUGCGAUUACUUAAAAGUGACAUCCCAUCACCUUACCCCGGAGUGUGAGACACUCACCCUUUAUGAGAAAUCACAAGUGUGCAUCUGGGACUAAAUGUAUGACUUCACAACUGGUAAAUUCCCACCUCCCACAUGGUUACAAAUGCAGCAUCAGUGUGAAAACUUAAUUUUCCUGCUGUACCGAAACCAAACCGUGACCCCAAAACCGCAAUACAUACCGAACCGUGGAUUUGGUGAACCAUUACACCCCUAGAAGUUAACCAAACAGACUGAGCUAGCAGGAAGAACAAAGGAGGAAGACAGAAAGGAGGAUCAAACUGACAGAAGGCACACAGUUGUACCCACAGCUAUUACCGUGUGUGAGAGAGAGAUGUGGAUUCCUCUCGCAAUGGAGAUUCUCAUACAUUCACUUGAAGUGGAAAAACACAUCACUGUCAGAGGCGUUUCAAUGGCAAUACCAGGAUCUCAAUUCAAUAAGUGACUUCAUGAAUGUUAGAAACAGGGUCGUACACUACUCACAAUAAUCUUUUCUUCUGGUUAUAAUUUAACCACAGGUUUCAGUUAUUUAUUCCGCUCACUUAUUUGAACGUUAUUACACAGUGUAAGCUAGUGUUUUUCGCUUAUUAUUAAAAGGGUGAAUGUUUAACGAUAAUUUAAUUUAUCAAUCAACUGAAUUAGGUUAGUACAGCUAAUGUCACAGCACUAUAAUCUGUGAUACUACAUUUUUUAAAUGUACGGUUUGCAGCUUGGACACUGAGCUCUAUGGACACAGACAGAUAGUGUGUCAGUCAGAAACAUGAUAAGGCCAUGCUGUCAGUCAAUGGAUUUUCUUUGAUUACCCUUCUACUACAGAUUGUUCUGUAGAUGGGGUGGGGGUUGUGGGGUACAUAGCGGCCUCCGACUCGUAGACUCUGUUUAGUUUCAGCUCUGAGCAUGUCACUUUUUUUUUUACCCCUCACAAAUAUUUGUCCACCUCGAACUUUAGACAAAGUUUAUCUACAAAAGUGAUUUUAUUUGGGAUUUUAUUUAUCCUAAAGGGAUUUUAUUUGGGUUCCCCCCCAUCAACUGUUUUUCUUGAUGCCAUUUUGAGUUACACCCUGGCUUGUUUAAUAAGAUGAGAUGAAAUCCAAGGUCCAUUCAAGGUUUCCUAUAAAGAAAGUAAAUAUUGAAGAGAUUGAAGUAUUCUAGUGUACUUAUUGAGUCCAACUGACUUUUAAAAUAUAAGUUAUGUGAAUAUUGAGAGAAAUGUUAGAAAUAUCACAGUUAAAUCAAUUUUAAGAGGCCGGCUAGGUCUUCCAUGCAUGAAGUAUUUAUUGAAUAAUGUGUGUCAGAGAGCAAAAUGGGAGUAUUAUCUCAUUUCUGUGAUUAGGGAUACAGUAAGACUGAGUUGAAUCAAAUGUUUGUCAUUAAAUUAAUGAAUUUCAUUCCCUGGUAUUCUCUAAGAAAAACUUGCAUAAGACAAUAUGUACACUUACUUACAUUUAACCCAAUAACGGCUAUGUACAGUGCCUUCAGACAGUACUCACACCCCUUGACUUUUUCCAGAUUUGAUACGCUACAAAGUGGGUUUCAGAUGUAUUUAACCGUCAAUGAUCACAAAAUACUCUCAAAGUAAAAUAAUAAAAAUAUAUUUAUUAGAUAAGUAUUCAACCCUGAGUCAAUACAUUACAGCUGUGUUUUUCUGGGUAAGUCUGUACAUGCUUUACAAACCUGAUUGUACAAUAUUUGCCCAUUAUUCAUUUUAAAAUUGUCAAGCUCAAUGUUGUCUAGGUAAGUGUAUAUUUGGCCUUGCGUUUUAGGUUAUUGUCCUGCUGAAAGGUGGAUUUGUCUUCCAGUGUCUGUUUGAAAGCAGACUGAACCAGGUUUUCCUAUAGGAUUUUGCCUGUGCUCUGUUCCUUUUUUUUUAUCCUGAAAAACUCCCUAGUCCUUGCCGAUGACAAGCAUACCCAUAACAUGAUACAGCCACCACAAUGCUUGAAAAUAUGAAGAGUGGUACUCCGUAAUUGUGUUGGCUUCAUGGUGAAAUCCCUGAGUGGUUUCCUUCCUCUCAGUCAACUGAGUUAGGAAGGACGCAUGUAUCUUUGUAGUGACUGGGUCUAUUGAUACACCAUCCAAAGUGUAAUUAUUAAUAACUUCGCCAUGCUCAAAGGGAUAUUCAAUGUCUGCAUUUAAUUUAUUUUUACCAAUAGUUGCCCUUCUUUGUGAGGCAUUGGAAAACCUGCCUGGUCUUGAAUCUGUGUUUGAAAUUCACUGCUCGACUGAGGGAUCUUACAAUUAUCUGUAUGUGUGAGGUACAGAGAUGGGGUAGUCAUUCAAAAAUCAUGUUAAACACUAUUAUUGCACACAGAGUGAGUCCAUGCAACUUAUUGUGACUAAGCAAAUGUUUACUCCUGAACUUAUUUAGGCUUGCCAUAACAAAGGGGUUGAAUACUUAUUGACUCAAACAUUUCAGUUUUUCAUAUAUUUAUAAACAUUUCUAAAAACACAAUUCCACUUUGACAUUAUGGUGUAGUGUGUGUAGAUCAGUGACACAAAAUCAACAUUUAAUCCAUGUUAAAUUCAGGCUGUAACAACAACAUUUGCAAAAAGUCAAUGGUUGUGAAUACUUUCUGAAGGCACUUAAAUUGUAAUCAGUCUUUUUGUGCAUAGAAAAAAAUGAUGGUUUGAGACGAAACUAACACUGAAGUGGAAACGUCUUCAACGCUGAACUGUUUUCAAAAUGUUUUUUUUUUUUACCAUCUAUGGUUUUAAAUCACACGUUCUCAGGAUGUUAUAGGUAUUUCAUAUUUUUUCUGGUAUCACCAUAAGUGCUGUGUGAUGUCAUUAAACUGACAUGGGAGGAGCUAUCAAUCAGCUGAAGCUGUUGAUUUGACAUCUUGACGCUGUGGGCCGACGUCCUGACUGGUGCACAUAACCUAUUCCUGUUGACAUGAAUGAUGAUUUACUAAUAAACAGUAUUUGUUUUAUGGGCAGCCAUCUUAUGUCAGGAUUUCAGUCUAUAUGAAUUUGAAGGGAAUUGAGUGAAUAUUUUAAGCGUCUUUAGGUUCAAUAAAAUGCAACUCUUUAUGUAAUAUGAAGUUCUCCCUCUGCCUUUUUGUGCCAAUGCCAAACAAAUGUGCCUGCAGUGCUUCCAUUUAGCAGCCUUUUUGCAUGUGCUUUAGUCAGAAAAUUGUUGUUACCAUAAUCCUAUCCACUAACUAAAGUAUUAUUAAUGCACUCCUGUACAAAUGUGUUUGCUUGAUUUAGUUUGGUUCCUGAAAACCUAACAACAAUGUAAGGGUUGACGAUCAGUGUUUUCCCUCGUGGCUAUUUUAUCCUAUAUUUUUCUCAUCUUAAACGCUCAACACCGAUCGUUAGGAACGUGGGGAAGGUUCUCACAGUACAGUCAAGUUUACCAGUCAAAUGGACCUGUAGAAAACUGUCAACAGUUAUGUCAUUCAGGCUGAACACCGAUAUAAUACAUGUAACACUUAUUAUCCUGUUCUGACAGUCAGUGGUGAACUUGACCCCUCUAUGUACCCUGAAUUCUAAAGGCCUCUACAGUACUGUACUGCCAGGCUACCCGCAGCCAGUGUGUGUGUCCCAGUGUUUGUUGACAACACACAUCUUUUCACUCAAUGCAAUCAGUUGAUCUACUGUAUGGGAUAAUAAGACGUGUGAAAACUGUUCUGAUGUAUAUGAAACAACUUCAUGAUCACUGCUUGUAUGUGUAUAGUAAUGCCCUGGCUGCUACCUGUUCUACAGUACGCUAUGAGCUAUUCUAGAGCUUUCUGUUAGAGCAUGUUUCCUAGUGCACCCUACCAGAUUAGUUCUUUAAAAACGACAAUAAACAAUAUAGGAAAUGUGA